AUGACAAGAAAUUCUAUAUCAGGCAUUCACAAGCUACCCAAGAUUGCAUUCGAAACUCAAGACUCCAGAAUAUCAUCCGACGGUGGGAGCACAAUUAUAUCGUCCAGUCAAAUAACAGAUUUUGGUGCAAUAAAUACACAGCCAACAAGAUUGGAUAGGUUGUUAAGAACAAGUAUACCAGACUCAGGCUAUUUGUCAGACAAGAAGACCGAAGAUGGAAGUUAUAAUCCAGAGGUCGAAGAAAUUACUUUAAAUGAAGAGGAAGAGGAAGAUCCUUAUCGAUGGGUAAUAUUAUUCAGCGGGUUCCUGGCUCAGGCUAUAAGCAUGUGUACAUUAUCAAGUUGGGGUGUCAUGCAAGAUUAUUUUGAUCGAGAAGUGUUUAAGGGAGCCGUGGAUUCAACACAACUUAGCUUUGUAGGCACUAUUGGCUUUGCGUUCUGUGGUUUAAUGGGACCUAUCACCCCAUUUUUUAUGUCGCUUGUUGGAGCACGUUGGGUCCUUUUCUUUGGCACGGUGUUAAUAUCUGCUGGUCUCAUAUUAGCAAGUUUUUCAACGCAAGUUUGGCAGCUGUAUAUUACCCAAAGUGUCAUGCACGGCAUGGGGGCGGCACUGUUGUAUAUUGUAAUUAUUUGGGUCACGGUUUCAAUGUCUAUAUCACCACAAUGGUUUGUUAAAAGAAGAGGCUUUGCUAUGGGCAUCAUGGUGAGCGGAUCAGGAAUCGGUGGAUUAAUCAUGCCAUUUGUCAUGACGCACUUAAACGAAUCUCUGGGUGGUGCUUGGUGUUAUCGUAUACUCGGUAUUGCUACCUUUGUUGUUAGCAUGCUAUCUACUCUUCUACUCCGUGAGAAGCCGGGCGUCCCGAAAGCAAAAAAGACACAGCUAAGCGAAAUUAUUGAUUUGAGUAUAUGUAAGGACAGUAAAUUUGUGAUCUGGUGCAUUGCAGGAAAUUUGAGCAUGAUGUCAUACUUUAUUCCUGCUUUUUAUCUUCCAUCUCACGCAACCAAAAUUGGUUUAUUGCCAUCCCAAGGGUCGAUUCUCGUUGCUGUAUUUUCUGCUGUAAAUGUUCUUGGCCGCAUUGUAUCAGGAUAUUUGGGAGAUCAUAUGGGCGUUGUCAAUGUGGAUAUAAUAUUUCUUUUUAUCUGUGGUCUAAGUUCACUUUUUAUAUGGACUUUUGCAAAUUCAUUUGUAACACUUUUAAUAUUUAUUGUGAUUUAUGGAUUUAUGAGCGGCGCAGUCUUUUCCUUACUGGCACCGAUUACUGCAGCUAUUACAGGGAUGGAAAAAUAUCCAUCCGGAAUCUGUCUAUAUCUGUUUUUUAUGACGGCUGCAAGAUUUGGCCCAUCUUUUGCUGGUGCGAUUCAAACUGCAACAGAUAAACACUCAUUCUUUUCGCAACAAAUGGUGACUGGAUUAGCGUUUAUCUUAUCCGCGUUUGUCACUGUCUUUUUAAAGUACAAGAUGCAACCAAAAAUGUUUGCAAAAAUAUAG